AUGCUCGACACUCUUCCACCAGAGAUUCUCUACCAGAUCGCGCACCAUCUAAUCCUCUCCUCCUGCCGGCCUCCGGUCGAUCUCCUCUGUACCUGUCGGACACUGCACGCCGCCGCCGCACCGGACCUCAACCCGAACCUGUAUGCGUCCGUCUUCCAUGCACACUACGACACAGCAGCUGCCCAGCGCCGCCUAACGUCCCUCGGGCCUAGCGACAGCCCCUACCCCAACCGACCGCGUGACCCCAGUUCCAGCGCAAGGCAGCUGACUCCUGAGCCGCUGAAGCCUGCCGACUUCGUUGCCGAGCUCCAGACACGGACGCUCGCGCUCGAGAGGUUACAUAAGGUCGCAGCGGAAGGCCGCGAUCCUAGGGCAGAGGAGCUGUGGGUUGUGUAUCUCAUGUUGAUUGAGAAUGACGUCAAGAACCUCCGCCACCUUGUUAAGCCCUUCGGGCCUGGCCCCAGCGUCGACAUCCUAGCUCUCGUGCGCGACUAUCACGACCGCACGCUUAUCUCGACGAACGGCUUUAGGUACCCUCCCCAACGGCCUGUCGACGCGCUCGCGAUGUGGAUCUCGUGGCUCCUCGACGACUACGCUACCCGCAUCCCCAGCCGUCUUCGCGCGCUGCGGCCUUACGUCUUCGCAGCACACCAGUACGACCUUUUCUACGCCCCGUGGACGCAGCCUCGUGUCCCUGUGCCCCAGCGUAACAACCAGCACCGCGCACCACCACCGAUCGGACCGUACACGUCGGUGCACAUGCCGCAGAACCACGCCUGCAUCGUCCCUGUGUAUGGGCGCACGUUGAGCAUCGCACCGCCAAUCCUCGCACACGCAGCUCAGCUCCGCUUCUUCACGGCACCGGAGGCUGACUCGCCCUCCACCUUCCCGGGCUUAGGCCCAUCCGAACCCUUGAACAUGGAAGACUUGCGCACACACCCUCGGCCCACCCUGCAGAGCGCACGACAUGACGCCGACUUUGAGCGCCUCCUUGCGUGCACGGAUGGCUCACAGUCUCCAGGGCGUGCGUUGUGGGCGUGGCGUGGCGUCUUCGACGGCUGCUGGGAGGGGACGUUUACCUUCCUCGAUUACGGUGCGUUCAGGGACAUGCUCGCCAACCAUCCGGCAGCCAUAUAUUCCGGGCCCUAUGGAGAGCAGGCGCAAGUAUGGAAGCUGCGCGAAACCUUCGUUCGCCCGAAACCAGGUACGCCGGUCGACGGACCUGGUCUCCCUUUGAGGGGCUCGAUGGUGAACGCGGGCUUCCCCGAUGACGUGCGCCCUUUCAACCCGAACGCGAUCGCGGCGCGAGCCCCCGGCCACUCUCCCGAGGAUGCGACGAUCGACGACGCGCUGGAGCGCCAGCUCGCCGCGUUACCGGGGUACGAGAGCAUCCCGCCCGACGAGGUCGAGACGGCGCUGGCCCGUGCCGAGCCGGGCGACAACCUCGGACUACUCGUCACAGGUGUUGGGCACAGCGCUUGGGGUCGGUUUGUCAUUUCCGGACACGUGCGCGUGUGGGACGGCCUUCUGUACCUCGUGAAAGAGUACGCGCCGUUCCAGCGGGGCAAGUGGCUCUACCGCGGGUAUGUGCUGGGUGACGGAGCCAUGGUGGGCCGCUGGCGCGACACGUUCACUCCAGAAGAUUAUGUCGGGUACGAGGGAACGUUUAUGCUCAAGAAGCGGUCGUAA